CCAAUUGCAAAACUGGACAGGACACUGCUAGCAGUUUAACAUGGCCAAAAUAAAUUAUUAAACUAUGAUGUCAUGACAUAGAAGAAAUAAUCUCUUUGUUUGUAAUCUGCAGAACAUUCACAGUGCCAUACCUUCAUCUGUCACGUGUGGCAAUAAGUAACUCAUUUUUAUCUAAGAGAAACGACCAUCUCUGACACUGGAUUUUGAACUCAACUAUAUAAGGAAUCCUUCAGAUGAACUGUUGUUCUUCGGGCGAAUUGCCAGACUUGAGCAUAGGAACCAUGUCAUUGCAUCGUAUGUGUGGAAUAUUUGUAUUCCUCAGUGUAUGUCUGAUUUCCUUCACACCACCUUGUGAUGGUGGAAACAUUCUGGUGUUCCCUGUCGACGGCAGCCACUGGAUCAAUAUGAAAAUCCUGCUGGAAGAACUACAUACCAAAGGACACAGCAUCACUGUGAUGAGGGCCUCCAACAGCUGGUACAUCUCAGAAAAGUCUCCUGUCUACAAGUCCAUUACCAUAGAAAUGGAUGUAGGUUUUGAGAACUUCUUUGAGGUGUACCUACAAGAGCAUAUGAGGGCGCAGAGAGAGGGGGCUUCAGCACUUACUUUCUUCAAACUCACCAAGGAUUUCAUGUCUAUGAUUUCUCAGGCUCAUUCAUUGUGGUCUGAAGUCCUCAUUAAAAUCUUUGAUGAUGAAAAUAUGGUCAAAAGCUUAAAGGAUUCCCAAUUUGAUCUUGUUCUCACUGACCCAGCUAUGGCACCAGGGGUUCUACUAGCCAAGUAUCUUAAACUGCCUGUGGUGCUGAAUGUUCGCUGGAUCACCAGCGGUGAAGGCCACUUUGCGUUAGCCCCUUCACCAGUCUCUUAUAUCCCAGUGCCAGGAUCGGGCUUAACGGACAAAAUGAAUUUCCUCCAAAGGGUCAAGAACAUUCUUUUCUACUCCGUUAUAGUUUUCCAGCAGAAAUUCCUGGUGGGGCCAACCUAUGAUGCCAUCUGUGAUGAAUAUAUCCAGGGUGGAUGUGACAUCCUCUCACUUCUUCAGGAAGCAGAUAUUUGGCUGUUUCGGUCAGAUUUUGUGUUUGAAUUCCCUCGGCCCACAAUGCCAAAUGCCAUCUACAUCGGAGGGUUCCAGUGCAAACCAGCCCAACCUUUGCCAGCAGACCUGGAGGAGUUUGUUCAGAGUGCAGGGGAGCACGGAGUUAUCAUCAUGACUUUGGGAACUUUGGUCAAUGCUUUGCCCAAAGAGGUUGCAGAGGAAAUCGCCAGUGUCUUUGCCAAGAUGCCUCACAAGGUGAUUUGGAGGCACAAGGGGGAGCGUCCCUCUACUUUGGGAAACAACACCCUGAUAGUGGACUGGAUGCCACAGAAGGACCUCCUGGGUCACCCGCAGACCAAAGUCUUUGUAGCUCAUGGAGGAACCAACGGAGUCCAGGAGGCCAUUUACCACGGGGUCCCUGUGCUUGGUAUACCCUUGUUCUUUGACCAGUAUGACAACCUUUUACGACUGCAGGAGAGAGGUGCCGGAAAGAUCAUUCAGCUAGCUGAUGUUAAUGGCCACAAUUUUGAGCAAGGUAUUAACAAAGUGCUCUAUCAUGACAGCUACAGACAGAACAUGCAAAGACUCUCACGUUUACACAGAGAUCAACCGAUAGCACCCAUGGAUCAGGCCAUCUUUUGGGUGGAAUAUGUGAUGCGCAAUAAAGGGGCUCCUCAUUUGCGUACAGAGGCCUAUAAAAUGCCCUGGUAUGCAUACUACUGUUUGGAUGUACUGCUAUUACUUCUUACUGCAGCAACUGUACUGUUGCUUUCAACUGUGGCCAUGUUCAGGUUCCUGUGCUGCAGAGCUAGAACAACGACCAAAACCAAACAGCACUGAUUAAGGGUUGAAUUGGUUCAGAAAUAUGCUAUAAUGAGUUUUCUAAAGCAUCAUAUUUGGAAAAAAACAUACAUCUUAUGAUAUCUCAUUUGUAUUUAUUUAGUAUUUCUGAAGUAAAAUGUCUAUUUAUCAGUUGAUUUGACCAUGUUAAAUCUAGAUAUAACUAAAGAAAUGUAAGCAAACAGAGGAAUGUGUGUAUAAAGGUUUCCAUUAAAGUCAAUGUUGUUUGUGGAACGGCUGCGUUCCAACUCCGUCCCAGCUCUGGCGAUCCACAGCCCUCCGGAGCAGAUAAGCAGAGCUUCUAUUUUUGGGAACUCCGCAGCAAUGGGAGGGCAGAUUGGCAGAUUGUGCGGGACAGGAAGUCAAACACAGAAACAAAAUAAAACAUCCAAAUAAUUUUCUAAAUAAAUUACACUGUGCUGACGGUGGAUCAUAUAUCCCUGCACUACACCUUGAAAAUGUCACAAUGGGCGGAGACAGGCAUGAAGUCAACAGGUCAGAGGUUUCACCUCCUGUCACCUCCUGUCAUCUGUGACUUCACAGUGUUUUAUACCCAGCUCACAGUAAAGUAAUCCAGCUACAUUUAACUGUAAAGACCACUUAAGUUAAAGGUGCCCUGCUACAAAUAUUUCAUUACUUUGUGUUAAUGAAGUUCUACCAUGGACUCUGUAACAUUUUUUGUGAACAAAUGAAUGAAUGCCUUGAAAAUGAAAAUACCUUGGUUACCUUGUUUCAAGUCAUUGUAGCAUAGUAUAGAAAGCCUGGUGGGAAGACUCAGCUCGAUUGCCAUUUCUCAUUAAUAUUCAAGAAGCUCAGCUGCUUGACUCUGAUUGGCUAACAGCCAGACAAUGAGAGCCUGGCUAUUAGCAUCCUUUACCCAGUGCAACUGGGCAAGCUCACGAACAGUGGGGUUGGCAGUACCUCAGUCAGUAUGGAGUUGGGUUGGGAACCGAAGGGUUGCUGGUUCAAUCCCCGUACAGACCAAAGUAUAAUGGUGGACUGGUAACUGGAGAGAUGCCAUUAGUCCAUAAGUGCAUGUAUAGGUACUGAGCAUGUGUGUGUAAUUCAGGCCUACGUGUAAUAACAACCAAGUGUAAAUUGUAAUUUCCCCUUGCGGGACUGAUAAAGUAAACAUUAUUAUUAUUAGUAAUGAGCUCAGGCAACAUAACAUCAGACUGACCAGCUUUUGUAAUUGGCCAGAUUUCUCUGUGGCUAAAGCUGACAGAAGAGGUAUCAGUUCCUGUUCACAUUCACGACACAACACAAACACAUAUGAACCCAUAUUUCAAAAAAUGCAAGUAGAAACGGUUUUGCAUGGCAGGGCACCUUUAACCUUCAUGCAACUGGUUGUCGCGUGACCGGCCGGCAGUUGCUGUAAUUUAGUAGGAUAACAUACGGAUUGUUGUGCAUAGAUUUUGUAUAAUAUUAUACAACUAUGGCCACUAAGUUAUUUUCAAAUGGACUUUCCAGCAAAGGUAUUUACUUUUCAAAUAAUGUACAACAGUCCAUCCAGUGAUAAUUAAUUUAGUUCGACAUUUUUUCUUUGCUCUGUGAUCUUUCCAACAAAUAUUGAAUAACUUGGUUGUCAAGCCAAAUACCUUUGUCCAUUCUCAGAGCCUUCAAAAGGCAAAACCAAUGUUCAACCUCAUUUUCUUUUGCUGCUCUUCAACAGCUACCAUAGUGCUCCAUUAUCCUCGACGCUUGGCUCACUAUUGUUAAUUUUGUUAUUUAAACUGCAUUAGCCUAAACUAUUUUUCACACGGUCUUACAAUAUUAAAUAUAUUUUCAAAGUUGGUCUUAGUAAUAGUCAGUAGGUGAUUUACAAAUAUUUAACAAGGGAGACGUUCAUCCACAUGACUGCCUCUUUUAGUUCUGGGGGAUCUGGAGGCUUUCCCAAGCCAGGGUGGAGAUGCGGUCCCUCCACCUAGUCCUGUGUGUUCCCCGAGGCCUUCUCCCAGCUGGAAGUGCCUGGAACACCUCACAGGGGAGGCGCCCAGGGGGCAUCCUAGCCAGAUGCCCAAACUACCUUAACUAGCUCCUUUUGAUUUGGACAGUUUUGUUGUUGAUACUUAGAAGUCCUCAUGGGGGCGACAGAAACUAUGCAAUGUAGCUUUACCCAUUAAAAUAUUGAAGAGAGCUUGUGACAAAAUCUCGCAAAUCCAUUGGAACCUUAAAACUGUGAGCAAAACCCCAUAGAGUCACCCGCCUUUAUCUCGAAUGAAGAGUUAACAGUAGCUGUUAAUAAUUUUUUUUUCACAUGAAUUAUUUAACAGCUGAUGAUAAACAAAGUCUGUCAAACCUACUGUGUAACAGAUUAUGGUCUGGUGUACAUGGUGUUUUUGCCUUCCUUUGUAUGGCUGGAGUGAGGAUCUAUCAAAAUAAAGGAAACCCCUAGAAAAAUAAGGACCGCAAACUAUAUUUUCUGCACAAUGCCCUAGGGGCCAAGUUAUGCACCAAUGUACACAGAGUAAUUCUGAGGUAUCAUUUUAUUCUUCUAAGCAUGCAAGUUGUGAUAGCAAAGGUGCAGAUCCAUCAAGUAUUUUAGUGUUUAAAUAGAUCUGAACACAAUAGAGAAAUAUUUGAUACAUACAUUAUCAUAAAAGUGGAACAUUCUUUUUUUCCCAUCUAAGUCACAUCUUUUAGCUCUUACUGUAAACAGGGUUCCCUCCAUCAACAAACCACUCGAUUGUGGAAUUUGUCAUGGAAGAAAUUGUAGCAGCGUGUUAUCCUCCUCCAACUGACUUGCCUUUAGGUUUAGGCUGUGUGGUGAAAUUGAUUUCCUAUGGGGGAUUAACAAAAGCCUGAUGUAACUGAAAUGAAGCAAUUGCAAUUGCCAAUUUCAAUAAGUAAUUCCAUGUGUUACUUGUUUAUGAGUGUGUAUUGUGUUCUGUGAUGCAGGUGGCAAAGUCAUAUUAGACUCAACAAGCCUGGAUGUUUAGGUUAAUGUGAGAAAGAGUGGUUUGUUCAGCUGAACAUAUAAUAGACACACCUAUAUGUAACUGGCAGGUUAAUUUGCCCCUUGUC